AAAAGUUCCGAACUUUUGCUCGAAAUUGUAAAGAUUUGAAAUUUAAGGAUAAAUUGGAUUUUGGGGAUUGUGUGAGGAUAAAAAGUUCCGAACUUUUGCACGAAAUUGUAAAUGUUUGAAAUUUAGGGCUAAACUGGAUUUUGGGGAGUGACUAACUACUAUUCCGCGACUACCCGAAGCUGUCGGAGAGAGCUACGGAGAGAAAGAUGAUGAGAGAUAGAGAGAAUGAGCGGUAAAUAUUCUCCAUUGUUGUUCUUCAGUUCACCACUGAAUCCCAAUUUUCUAAUUUGGGGGAGAAAAUUUUUCGAAUCCCUAAUUUAGGAAACACCGCAGGUUUUUUUUUUGUUUAGUUUUGAGAAUGAAACCUUCCAAGAUGAUAGAGGUAGGAGAGCCUGUGAAUGGAGAUAUUGAUUUUGGUUAUAUGCGGGGAUUUGCAAUCAAGGGUCGUAAGCUACUUUGUAAUCGAUGAAGUCCCAAAAGGGAAACUCGAAGAAGAAGAAUGCGAAUUCAGGUUUAGUCGCUGUAGCAGUGGAUAAAGACAAAGGAAGCCAACAUGCUCUCAAAUGGGCUGCUGAUCAUCUUGUCUCCAAAGGACAAACCAUCAUUCUCCUCCAUGUUCUCCUCCGAUCAUCAUCUGAUUCAGUUGAGGUUAACGCAGAGAAACAUAAGCAAGCCGAGAACCUUUUCGUGACGUUCCAUUGCUACUGCAGUCGAAAAGAGAUACAAUGCCUUGACGUCACGCUUGAGGACGACAACAUUGUCAAAUCCCUUGCGGAAUAUGUUUCCAAUGGCGUGAUUGAGAAUUUGGUUCUUGGUGCCCCGUCCAGGCAUGGCUUCAUGAGGAAAUUCAAGAUGUCUGAUACACCGAGCAAUGUAGCCAAAGCAGCACCUGAUUUCUGUACGGUUUACGUCAUUUCUAAAGGGAAGAUAUCAUCUGUCCGCCAUGCCACGCGAACUGCUCCUUAUCGGUCUCCGCUUAUGGGUCAGAUCGAGAAUCAUUCUGCAAUCUCUAACUAUGAAAAGUUCAGGAACACCAUGAGCUUUAGAGAUAGGACUCCGGCAAGGCCUUCGGUUUCUAGCUCCAUUGAAGACUAUGGAAAGUCACCUAUGGCGAGGAAAUCAAAUUACGCAAACUCGUUCUUUGAUUUGUCAGACUCGGAAAACGACAUAUCAUUUGUAUACUCAGGCAGGCCAAGUACCACGAGCUCAGGCCGGCCAAGUACCACAAGCUCAGGCAGGCCAAGUACAACGAGCCGGCCAAGUUUAAGCACCAACGGAAGGUCUGACAUAUCUUUUGUGAGCUCAGGCAGGCCGAGUACAAGCACUAACGGAAGCCCUUCCUUCAUCUACGACUUUCCUGAUUCUGGUCUAACCCCGAGAAUGUCGACGGGCUCUGGACAAAGCGUUGGCUCUAUGCGUCUAGGAAUCAGGUUUAAUGACACCAAUAUCCAACAUGAUUUCUCAUUCGUCUCACAAGAUAGUGGUCGGUCAUCUUGUUCUUGUUCACCACAAAACUUGGAAGAAGUGGAAGCUGAGAUGCGAAGAUUGAAACAGGAACUGAAGCACACAAUUGACAUGUAUGGAUCAGCUUGCAGAGAAGCACUAGCAGCAAAGCAAGAGGCGAAGGAGCUCCAGCGUCAGAAAAUGGAAGAGGAAGGAUGGGUGCACGAAGGACAGUUAUCAGAGAAAUCUACAAAGUCAAUAGUGGAAAAAGAGAGAGCAAACAAAGCUGCCAUGGAAGCUUCUGAAACAGCAAGCAAGAUAGCAGAGCUCGAAAAUCAAAGAAGGGCCAUGGAAGCUGGAGGUUCUUUCUCUGAUUCCAGUUUAAGGUAUCGGAGGUAUGUUAUUAGUGAGAUUGAAGAAGCCACAAACUCAUUCGACAAGGCUAACAAGAUAGGCGAAGGUGGAUACGGUCCCGUUUUCAAGGGUCAACUUGAUCAUACCCCUGUUGCUGUUAAGGUUUUGAGACAAGAUGCCGCUCAAGGAAGAUCUCAGUUUCAGAGAGAGGUAGAAGUUCUUAGCUGCAUAAGACAUCCGCAUAUGGUGCUACUUAUUGGAGCAUGUCCAGAGUAUGGAAUGCUUGUGUAUGAGUAUAUGGCCAAAGGGAGUUUAGCUGACAGGCUCUACAGGAACGGGAAAACGCCACCGCUUUCUUGGGAGCUCCGGUUCCGAAUUGCAGCCGAGGUCGCGACGGGUCUGCUCUUCCUUCACCAGACGAAACCCGAGCCUAUAGUGCACCGUGAUCUCAAACCUGGAAACAUUUUGAUUGACCAGAACUACGUAAGCAAAAUCGGUGAUGUCGGAUUAUCCAAGCUAGUUCCUGCAGUUGCUGAAAACGUCACGCAGUGUCACGUCACGUCAACCGCUGGGACUUUCUGUUACAUUGACCCUGAGUACCAACAAACCGGAAUGCUUGGUGUGAAAUCAGAUGUCUACUCCUUUGGUAUCUUGCUUCUCGAGAUGCUCACAGCGAAAAAGCCUACUGGUUUGGCUUACACCGUUGAGCAAGCGAUGGAGCAAGGGACAUUCAGGGAGAUGUUGGACCCAGCAGUGCCUAAUUGGCCGGUUGAAGAAGCUUUGUCUUUGGCAAAGAUUGCACUUAGAUGUGCACAGCUGAGAAGGAAAGACCGACCAGACCUCGGGAAAGAGGUUUUGCCAGAGCUCAAUAGACUGAGAGCUCUUGCAGAUGCGAAUAUGGAGUGGAUUCUGUUCAACUAUAGCAGAGGGCCGUCACCAAAUCAUAGCUCAGUCUCAUUGCCACCAGUUGACGAAAUGAGCGUAAUCUCGGAUAGCUCAAAUACACAUUCAAGUACUUUAUCGGACACGGAGAAGAACUUAGACGAAAACGAAGAGGAUUAGCAUUCUUGUCUGUUGAAGGAGAGAUGGAGUGAGGCCAUUCUUGUAUCUUUUAGUUUGCUUAAGCUAUGUAAUUAUGAAUAUUUUGUCUGUAUAUGUUGUGUAAACUUGUAAAGAAGAAAUCAAUAGGAAAAACAAAUUGUUAGGUUUGUAAUAGUUUUUCAGAAAGACGUAAACUCUGUUUUGAUAUGUAAGACGAAU